AUGGAUGACAAGGACUCUACUGCUCUUCGGAUGAAGAAGGACAAGGACUUGAAAACAUGGUUAUGGGACAUAUUUGCUAUGCAGCCUCUCAAUAACUUUCAGGAUAAAUAUAAACUUUGCUAUGCUGACAUCCCAGAGCACUUUAUAACGGAUGGAAAUCCUUCAGGAAAGACCGAGCGCGCUGGGGAUCUAUUCCCUGGGAAGGAGACGCUCAGCGCUGUGGGACACAGUCUGACUGCAAAUCUUCAGAAACAGAGGAAGAAGCAGAGGAGAAAUAGGACCACAUUUAACAGUUCACAGCUGCAAGCCCUGGAGAAGGUCUUCGAGAGGACGCAUUAUCCAGACGCAUUUGUCCGGGAGGAGGUGGCCAGGAGGGUCAAUCUGAGUGAGGCCAGAGUACAGGUCUGGUUUCAGAAUCGGAGAGCGAAGUUCCGCAGGAAUGAGCGAGCCAUUUUAACUGGCCGGACAGUCUCACUCCUCAAAUCCUACAGCAUAGAAACGGCCAUCGAACAGCCUGUUGUGGCCCGACACACCCCACUGAGCACAGAAUACCGCCCGUGGUCAGCAAACUCAUCCUACAGCCCGACUGAUUCCAGCUCGAGUAGCCCAGGAAUGACAAUGGCAAACAGCAUCGCCAGUCUACGACUGAAGGCAAAGGAAUUCAGUCUCCAGCGAAGCCACGCACCUCCCAUCAAUUGACCCAGGAGUGACCCGGGACUGAGCCAGGACUGACCCGGGACUGGCAUGGGACAAAGCCGAGUGCUCAGGACUGUCUGACCAGGACAAGGUGGAUGAUAUGGCCUAUGUCUAGGAACCAACUCGAUUCCCGAUUGACUCUGGUUGCUACUUUUAGGACUCAUGCAUCUUACGACAUCUCCUGGGAUAGCACAGGGGUUAUCAUGCCGACCAGCACUGCAGUAGAGUAAGGUGCUGUGAUCCUGACACUCAAUGGUAACCAGUGGGUCACAGAACCAUCACAGACAUCACAUUCAGUGUUCACGAGGACACGUGUCCUUAUUAAAGACUGUGAGGUCUGUGGUGAUUCAUUGCUGGAUACCUCAAUCAUAAACCCCUCCCCCAAGCCCCAUAAUCCUUUUCCCAUCAUCCCAGAAUCCAAUCCCACUGCUCAUUGAUUUUCAACACAAGGAGGCAGAGGAGAAGAGCGACCUUAAUACACCAAGCGAGAAAAGGAGGUUGUUGCUGGGGUACAGGUUCCACACACCCUGACUCUCACUGGGGUACGGCUCCCACACACACUGACUCUCACUGGGGUACGGGUCCCAUUCACACUGACUCUCA